UCAAAUUAGGCAGUAGGCAAGAAGACGCUUCGGGUGCUUUCAGCAGGGCUACUAGCAUACUUCAAUGUUUUAACUGAUAAACGCCGUAAAUUUUGUAGUCUAAAUAGCAACAAAAUAAACAUACAAAUGGCCAAACUUUUAUAUUUUAUUAUUUUACUCUGUGUAAGUGGCAGUUUCGGCAAAAAACCAAAAGAUGAAGAAAAGCCGGCUUGGGCUAAAAAAGAUAUUAGAGACUUCAGUGAUGCAGAUAUGGAACGUCUGUUUGAUCAAUGGGAAGAAGACGAAGAACCUCUACCUGAAGAUGAACAGCCUGAACAUAUGAGAAAGCCUCCAUCAGUAGACUUUAGUAAACUUGACAUGUCCAACCCAGAUGCAGUUUUACAGGCGUCCAAAAAAGGCCAAACUUUAAUGAUGUUUGUAAGAGUAGCUAACAAACCUUCAAGAGCUCGCACUGAUGAAUUGACAAAGAUAUGGCAAACUGGUCUAUGGAGUAACCACAUACAAGCUGAAAGGUAUGUAAUAGAUGAUGACAGAGCUAUAUUCAUGUUCACCGAUGGUUCUCAAGCAUGGGCUGCUAAAGAAUACUUUUUAGAUCAAGAAGAACUGUCAGAUGUGCAGUUAGAGAGCCAGACAUACACAGGAAAGAACCCAGAUGUGAAAAAUAAGGCUAUUAGAGAUGAACUAUAGAUCUGAUUUUCAUAAAAUUUCCCUAAUAUAAUGCAUCUUGGGUUCUAAGUAUUUAUUUAGUGUAUAUAUGAAAUUAAAGGAACAACCUGAGUAUAAGUUUUUUUGUAAUUUAGCAUUUUUUUAUACAAAAUGAUUCAUUUAAA